CAGCAUGAGCUAGGACUGACAGUAGAUUACGUGCAUCAUGAUGAUGAUGAUGAUGAUGAUGAUGAAGUGGGGUUGUUUCUGAGUUUUAUUGGCGCUGGAAACGAAGUCAGUCUGAAGACUCGCGCGCUCUUGUGAACUCAAUUUACGCGUCGAGAAUAUUUCCUUAAUUCAGGAUUCAUGAAGCAGGAUUGACUGAAGGUAGAAUUGAACACAUUUUAGCAGUACAAAAUGUGCGAAGAAAGCGACAACCACUUUGGAACGGAUGUUUUUCAGACUGGACAGAUGAAGAUCUCCGAAGGAAACUUGGAUCAGGCUGAAAUCUCUGAAUGUAGAGACACGAACAUUGUUCCAGCCUGUAACACGCGUUUAUACCGGAGGAGAUGGCUCAUUCUGUUGCUCUUUAGCUCGUAUUCACUGUGCAACGCGUUUCAGUGGAUCCAGUAUGGGAUCAUCAACAACAUCUUCAUGAAGUUCUACAACGUCUCUUCAUUCGCCAUCGACUGGCUGUCAAUGAUCUAUAUGCUGACUUACAUCCCCUUCAUCUUCCCAGUGACAUGGCUGUUGGAGAGGAAGGGGCUGCGGGUGAUCGCUCUGUGCGCAGCUGCGAUCAACUGCGUGGGAACCUGGAUCAAAGUGGCCAGCGUCCAGCCGAACCUGUUCUGGGUCACGAUGCUCGGACAGUUCGCCUGUUCCUUUGCGCAGGUGUUUAUUUUGGGAAUGCCGUCUCAGGUGGCGUCCGUGUGGUUCGGAUCUGAUGAGGUGUCCACCGCCUGCGCCAUCGGCGUGUUUGGAAACCAGCUUGGCAUUGCUAUUGGCUUCUUGAUCCCGCCGGUUCUUGUGCCCAACGUGGAUGACAUGAAUGAACUGGCUCAACACAUCAGGGUCAUGUUCUACAUCACAGCCGCUGUGGCCAGCCUCAUCUUUCUGCUGGUCGUGUUUGUGUUUCAGGAUAAACCCGAAACCCCUCCGUGUCUGGCUCAGGUCACUCUCAGACACAUGCCCACCACACAGUACUCGUACCUGGCUUCAAUCGCAAGACUUUUCCACAACAAGCCCUUCAUCCUCCUCCUCAUCAGCUACGGCCUGAACGUUGGAUGUUUCUAUGCCGUUUCCACCCUGUUGAACAGGAUGAUAAUAGAGCAUUACCCUGGUGAAGAGGUGAAUGCUGGGAGAAUUGGCUUGACUCUCGUCAUCGCUGGCGUGGUCGGCUCUCUGCUCUGUGGAAUCUGGCUAGACAAGACCAAGACUUAUAAGGAGACAACGCUCUCAGUGUAUCUGCUGUCGUUUGUGGGGAUGGUGAUCUACGCAUUCACCCUAAACUUGGGUCAUCUGUGGGUUGUGUUCCUUACAUCAGGACUGCUGGGGUUCUUCAUGACGGGUUAUCUACCGCUGGGCUUUGAGUUUGCAGUGGAGCUCACAUACCCAGAGUCAGAGGGAACAUCAUCUGGACUGCUCAACUGCUCAGCACAGAUGUUUGGAAUCACAUUCACCAUCAUUCAAGGCAAAAUCAUUGAUCACUUCAGCACACUGGCCGGAAACAUCUUCCUCUGUGUGUUCCUCCUCAUCGGCUCCAUCACGACAGCACUCAUCAAAUCUGACCUGCGGCGACAGAAGGCCAACAGUCAGCCUCAGACAGAGCUGAUCGCUGAUUCAUCCGUCAAUUCCCAAGAUGGGAAAUCAUUACCAGUAAAAGAGGUGAAGAUGUAAAGAUGGAAACCAUCGGAAUCAAACUCUCUUCAACACGUGCAUCACAACUCCAUAUGAACCAUCGUACGCACAAAUCCUCCUGAACUUCACGCAGUACAAAAAGUGGGAGACUGUUGAAUUCAAUUCACACAAGUAUGUUUUAAUAUGUGUCAUGAUGUGAAUCUCAUGACAACUGUACAGCACACUGAAAUAAGAGAAGAAAGUAUUUCAGGAAUAUCUUCAGUGAUUAAUGUGUGUUAUAGUGUGUAGUGUAAUGUGUGACUGAAUACAGUGCCCUGCAUCAUAUUUGCUUAAUGAAAUCCAAGAUGACUUUCUCACUCAUUUUGGGUGCCGAUUCCAAAAAUAGUGUAUGUUCUGACAAAGUAUGAUGCAUUUUGUAGCAUUGAUGCCUAAUCCUUAUUUCAAGAUCAUAUUUAUGGUCAAUGACGGAAGAAAAUUAGAAAAUGUUCAAGUUUUAAGUCAUGAAAUUUAGUAUUUGAACAUGUGUUUACAGUCUGUAAUAUAGUUUGGUUAAAAUUUCUCAAUGGUAGUGUAAAAAACACGUUUUUACCCUGACAUAACUCUUUUCAGAACAAGGCAUUUUGUAGCAUGUUCCUUUAAAUGUUAAUGAGCUCUGCUGACUCCGCCCCUCUCUUCCAUGAAGCUCUAACUGCUUACUUUGGCCGCAUUCAUCGAGAAACUUGCUAAUUAGCACAUUAUUAGGAACAGUGAGUUGCAAAGUUAAAAAACCUUAUACUCACUUCUUCUGUCGGGUCUAAGGUAAGAACCAGUCCAGUCUGUGCUGAAACGCUACUGUCAGUCAAACUAUUGCGGGAGGGGCCUGUUUCUGUGACAUCAUGAUUUGAGAAAGUGGAAAUGAUUUGAGAUAAAAAAAAAACAAAAAAAACAAAAAAAAAAAAAACAGGUGGAUUUUUAUCAUUAUAGGGUGGUUGUGUACACACUGCCAACACACCAGUUCAUUUUAAAAAACUUGUAAAAGUGCUUGUAACAUCUGAUGACCUCGAAUGUCUGUGUCGACCCUUUUGUCUCCUUUCAACAAAUUUGCAAACAACUACAUUCCUUAAGGUCAUUCAGUUCACUUUAUUAAUUUCAUAUGGCUUCAGAUAUCCAGAAUACUGCCCUGCAAACAAAGUGCUGCACACUGAUUAUGAGUGUAGUUUGUGUGUCACAGCACAGACCCUGCUCUCAGAGACAACUCAACACUUCUGUGUGUAGAUAGUUUCUGUUAGCAGUCUUUGUGGAUGUGGAUGUUGUUCACUUACAGUAUUUCUAUAGAAACAUUCUUGGUGUAAAUUGAGUCUGACGUUCAGUAAUAAAGAUAACUGGAGGCUAAAU